ACAUAUAUACAUUAUCUCUAACUUUUAAUCCACACACCUACUCAUUCGUGAUCGUUUUCAAUCUUACUUCUCUGCUGAUGUUCAAAUUAAUCACCUCCGCCGUAUCUGACGCCUGCUCACGGUGGUGGGGAAGCGCCAAUGGAGCCGAUGAAGAAAUCAUUAGCACCGUUCUCAUCAUCGCAGCUAUGCUUUCUAUAUUCUGGCUUGUAUGGAUGUUGAUAUCAAAGGACACCCACCCGCCACUGCCGCCCGGCCCACGAUCUCUGCCACUCGUCGGAAACCUCCUGUCUCUUGAUCCAGAGCUCCACUCCUAUUUCGCCUCUCUCGCAAAGACCUACGGUCCGAUUUCCAGGCUCUGGCUCGGUAAAAAACUGGGAAUCCUAAUCACUUCUCCGGCCUUGGCCCGUGAAGUGCUUAAACUCAACGACACCACCUUCGCCAACAGAGAUGUUCCGGUUGCUGGCGUCGAGGCGGCGUAUGGUGGAAACGACAUUGUCUGGUCCCCAUAUGGCGAUCAAUGGCGGAUGUUGAGAAAGAUUGUUGUUCGUGAAAUGCUUAGCAACCAAACUUUGGAUUCCGUUUACUCUCUCCGGCGGAGAGAGAUCCGUAACACCGUGAAUUACUUGUACAACCGGGCCGGAUCGCCGGUCAACGUAGGUGAGCAGAUGUUCUUGACCGUGUUGAAUGUGAUUACCGGUAUGCUGUGGGGCGGCACGGUGAAGGCGGAGGAUAGGGAGAGCCUUGGAGCGGAGUUCCGGCAAGUGAUCAACGAGAUGACCGGAUACUUAGGGAUGCCGAACUUGUCUGACUUUUAUCCGGGUCUGGCCAGGUUUGAUCUUCAGGGAGUUCAAAAAAACAUGAAAGUGUUGGCGAAAAGAUUCGAUGGAAUAUUUGAGACCAUGAUUGCUCAAAGGAGGAAGAUGAGUGGCGAUGAAAACAAAGACUUUUUACAGUUCUUGUUGCAGCGUGAAGACGACAAAGAUUCCAAAACACCAUUCACAAUGGUGCAUCUAAAAGCCUUGCUCAUGGAUAUGGUGGUGGGAGGGACGGAUACGACAUCAAAUACUGUUGAGUUUGCGCUGGCUGAGAUGAUGAACCAACCGGAAAUACUGAAAAAGGCACAACAAGAAUUAGAGACGGUGGUCGGAAAAGACAACAUAGUGGAAGAAUCCCACAUCAACAAACUGCCAUACUUAUACGCCAUCAUGAAAGAAGUUCUUCGUUUACACCCAACACUUCCGCUAUUGGUCCCACAUUGCCCAAGUGAAUCGUGUGUAAUCGGUGGCUACAUGGUUCCAAAAGGUGCUCGAGUGUUCAUCAAUGCAUGGGCAAUACAUAGAGACCCCACCAUUUGGGAAAACCCAUCGGAGUUUAGUCCUGAAAGGUUCUUGGUUAACGAGUGGGAUUAUAGUGGCAAUGACUUCAAUUAUUUUCCAUUUGGUUCUGGCCGGAGGAUAUGUGCAGGGACUGCAAUGGCGGAGCGAAUGUUUAUGCUUUUGCUUGCAUCGCUUAUUCAUUCUUUUGACUGGGAAUUGGCUCCCGGAGAGAAGCAUGAUCUAUCUGAAAAGUUUGGGAUUGUGUUGAAGAAGAAGGUUGCUCUCAUGGCAAUUCCCACACCAAGAUUCUCAAGCUCGACUAUUAUAAGAGAAAUAGUUAAUAGUAAUUACUAUCUAAUUCCAAAUGGACCACACCUUACCAUGGAAGGAGGAGGAAAGGAUGAGGUAGCUAAUUAUCUGCAUCUUUUAAACCAAAUUACAGAUUGAAAUGUUGUAAUGGGUUUCUUAUCUUAUAUUUUGUGAAAUUUUCUUAAAUCCUUAAACCCACUUUGGCUGAUUUAAAAAAGAAGCCCAAGAAGGAAAAGCUACAUUUUUAGACAAAAAGGAGUUUGUUUCACUAAUUUAUUGGCGGUUGAUGGCUUCCGAUUACCUAAAUGUCCUGUUGAUGGACUGGGGGUUAAAGUUUAUAAAUUACUACCAGAAAGUUUUAACAUCAAACCAUGUUUGGGAGUUUGUGAAACAUGACUUGAGUUUACUUGGUCAAAGAUGAUUCCAGUCUGUUUGUGAAGCUAAAUGAUGCUACAUCCCCAUGUUUCAAGUCUUCAGAAUAUCCUUUUGCGCUCUAUUCGAUCUAGAGCCAGUAUUCGUUGCAUCUAACUCUAAAAACUGGUGGCUAUAAGUACAAGAAAUAGCAACUUACUUUUUUUUAAUGAUUAAUGACAUUGACGAUUUGGUAACUUGCAUUGGAUUUGGUC